UGGAAAUUUCACAAAUCCCAUAAGCUAAGAAGCUCAGUGUACGUGGCUGAUGAAACAUUGCAGGUUACAUUCCUCAGUAGUCAUGCAGUAGCGGCUGUAUUGCUUCAUACAAGUCCUUGGCGUGACCUUCUACAUUUGAAGUGGAAAAAACUUACCCAAAGGACGAGGCAGCAGUUAUGCUGCCAAUAUCUACAGACAUCCACAUUGUAAUUAAACCCAGUGGCCUGUUCGACUUUUUUUCUGUCACGAAAUCCAUGUAAGCCGCCUACUCUGGUUUUUAAGAAAGCAAUCCUGCCAUCACAGACUGCUCUAGGUAAAAGAUUUAUGGCAUUUGUAACCUACAUCAAGAACUUCCCAUCAUAAGCUUUGGAGAAAGGGUGAUAUUGAUUCAACAAUAGAAAAUAUUUGCCAUCGAAGUAGCCCCAACCAGGGUUAUGCAAUCUUGAUUUGAUUGUUCUGUUUUCAGGUGAAGUGCACCACUGGAGCUCAGAGUUCUCAUUGUGUUAUGAACACAGCUGAUGCACUUUGUGAUCUCCUACCAGUACCAUUUGCUAUCAAAUUUUUGAAGUAGGAGAGGUAUUGCAUCCCUUUCUCGGGUCUCGGUGAAAUCCGGGAUUCAGAAAUCUGAUCCCUUGCUUCCAGUCCCUCUCCAUCUCGCCUGCCAAAUCCCAGACACUCCUGCAUGGCAUCACCCACAACACCUAUCCAUGUGAGGUCAAGAACAUGCCCUGCAAUAAAUUUAUAUUUAGAUGGUCUGUUCGUCUCUACUAUUAGUACUCAAUGUUGAGUGGCGCACUGUUAUCAUCUUUCAUUUGUAGAAAUUGUGUACUAUUUUCGAGCUAAAAUUAUGUACUCACACAAGCGCGAAGCGUAGCGAGCGGGUCUUUGCUAGUACACUUAUAUUUACACAGAUCGAAGAUGAACAAAUCUCCCACGGAGGAGUUGUUUUGGGACACCGCCGAGAUUCACGAGAUAGAUGGCUUCUGGUACUACGCUGAGCGCAUGAAACCCAUGGCGGCCUUCAGGUCGCAAUUCGAGUGCCGAAACGACGACGUGUUUCUCGCAUCCUUUCCCAAAACGGGCACGACGUGGCUCAAGGCGCUCUGCCACACCAUCCUUCACCGCCACGACCAAGAAGAGGAGGAAGAAGAAGAAGACAUCUUGACGAAGAAGAACCCGCACCAAGUGGUCCCCACUCUGGAGUUUUCUUUCUUGCUCGGCCGCGUCCAGCACCUGCUGCUCAGCCCUCGUCGCCGGUUGAUGCACACUCAUUUGCCCUACAGUUACUUGCCGGAGGAGGUGACGAGGAGCCCGGCAGCGGCGGCGGCGGCGGGAUGCAGUAAGCUGGUGUAUCUGGCUCGGAACCCUAAGGACACCGUGGUCUCCAUGUGGCAUUUCUACAACCAGGUCCAUAAAGGCUCAGCUGGCCCGCUCUCGGUAGAGAGAGCGGUGGAGAGCUUCUGCAGCGGGGUCAUGCCUUGGGGCCCGUUUUACGAACACGUGCUGGGAUACUGGGAAGAAAGCAAGAAGCGGCCCGAUGAGGUGUUGUUUCUCAAGUACGAGGAGCUGUGCAGAGAGCCGAAGGAGCAGGGGAGGAAGUUGGCUUCCUUUCUGGGGAGGUCAUUUCCCUCGACGACGGAUGGAUCAGGUGGUACUGAUGAUGAUGACGAGGUGGAGAAGGUAUUGUGGCGAAGCAGUUUCGGUCGGCUCAAGGAGCUGGAAGUUAACAAGUACGGUGCGGUCGGGGAGCAAGGUCUGCAGCUAUCCCAUACCAUCUACUUUAGGAAGGGAACUGUGGGGGAUUGGAAGAACUACUUGACACUGGACAUGGCUCAGUGUAUCGACCAAGUCACACGAGUCAAGUUGCAAGGGACUGGCCUUUCUCUCGACGAUUUCUGAUUCUCGUUAUAAUUUUAAUGGUUACAUCUUACUUGAGGGGUUCGAAUAUGCUAAUCUCUUAGUUUGGUGUUGCAUGUGUUUUUGUCUUUGUUUAUCCUCAAUUAUUGAAGCUUGGUUGAUAAUUAAGUUGGUUGGACUUGGAUCCAUAAAACUUAAAAAUGGUGUGCUGAUAAGAGGGGAUGGCUGGUUGGAGCAAGAGAAACAGUUUAAUUCAUGAGAGCCAGCCAAUGAGUCACCAAUCACCAGGAGCUUAAGCUUCCAUGGAUAACUGAAUUUGAAGGUUCUGCUGUAUAUAUUUUGGGCCAGUGUGCGCUUCUUGGUUUAGCGUUUACUGCACAGUGGAAAAGCUCUUUUAGUAGGGAUAUAUGUGUUGUUUUACUUAGAAGCGAGUUUGGUUUUGUGAUUGAGAAUAAUAAAUUUCAACUAAAAUAGCAAAAAUCAGUCUGUCUUUAGAAGGUCGGAGUG